AUGGCUGCGAAAUUGACCAAAGUGGAACCAUGGGCACCGCAGAAGCAUUACGAUGAUGCAUAUUCAUAUGUCAUGAAAAACGGUGUUUCGAAAAUCAAGGAUUUCUUUGAGGAGAAACUGAAGAAUUCUGCGGGAGAAGUCAAGGUAAAGACCGCAAUCGUCGGCAGAACUGGAUGCGGAAAAUCUACUUUUAUCAACAGGCUACUAAGGUGAGAAAAAAUGGAAGCAUUUUUAUAUUUGUUUUUCAAGGAAAGUUAUUUUAAAAGGUGCUCUUAGUCUUAGCAGACGAAAAUUGAUUACCAGCUUUUUCCAAGCGAAAUUAACGGCGAUUGUGUUUCUUGUUGAAACGCUACGUCUCGUAAAUAAGUCCAAUAAAGGCAUUGAAUGUGACAAUGUUUAAGUAAAGCAGUUUUCUGAAGACUCAUCAAAAUCUGCUAGACUAUCUCUUUUUUAAUGUUAGGGCAAUUUCCCAUUUUUACAUGGUCAGUGAAACUUCCACUUAUUGGCAGAGGAAUAAACUCCUUUGUUUCACUUUCACCCGGAAGUCUGAAACGGAAAACCGAAAGAGGAAGGAGCAUUGCAAAUUAUAUGAAUUAUUUGUUUUUUGUAUCGUACUUAUUAGAGACUUGAACAAAAUAUUAUAAAUCAAGACAAUUUUGACAUAAAACCGUAAAAAAAUUAAGCAUUUUUGAGUCAAUAAGCUGGGAUCCAAACUGAUGUGAUUAUACAGUACUGUUGUCUCAACCAAUUUCGGAUUUCCGAGAAAACAGACGUAUGAAACCGUGAAAACCGACGUCUGGUGAAAACAAAUGUGACGAUAGGUUUUGCUCUUCCAAGCACAAAUCGGGGAAAUAAGCGUUAAGAGAACUCGAGCGACUUCGGCGUAAGGACAACAAGGGGGAAAACUAACUCUGCAACUUGCUUGGCUAGCGGAAAAGGAACUCGUCACUAUUCCAAGGUACUAGGAUCUGCUACAACUGGAAAGAGGACAGGACUCAAACUUGGACUUCAACAGUUUAAUCUUCAGUUCGUGAACGUAAAUCAAACAGUCAAAUAAAUCCGCAAUGUAAAAUCGAAAAACGGGAAUAACAGUGCUCUAUUUAUACUAACCGAUCAACUUAUUAGAACAUCACAAAAACAAAAGGAAAGAAGGCUGAAUAAAAUCAGCUGGACAGCGAAAACAAAUCUGGAUAAAUUCAGUUUAAAAGUUCAUAUGUUAGACUAAAUAACUCAAAAUUAAAUGUUAGUCAAGCAACUGAAUUUAGGAAGUUUACAAAGAAAGCUGUGUAAAAUAAUUCGAGUUUCCUUUGCUCAGGAUCCCUCAAAAUGUCAAAACUAAAACUACGAACGGUUGGUAUUUGAACAGGCGAAAGGUCUAGUUAUUCAGUGACUAAGCUGUAUAUCUAUUUCUAGAAAACUCGAUUUCGAAGGUACAUAUAAUAUGCGUACAGAAAUUUCCUACGGCACCCUGUUCCAAUAAUUAUAUACAUGAGUAAACAAUCUCGGUUACAAUGUUUGCACAGAGAAUAAAGAUUCCUGUUUGCACAGACGUAAAUAAAAACUUAUUCAAAACAGUUGAAAUCCUAUUUUAUAAUUUUGUAGUCCACGUGCCAUGAAAUAAAUUGAAAACCCAAUGAAAUCUACAUUUUCGCCCUAACACAAAGGGAUCUUGUAUAUUUAUGCUCUUCAGAUACUUAUGUUCCAUUUCUCUUGUCUCUUGGUGUUCAGGCAAAUGUUUACUAAUAUUCUCCAAAGUAACUGAAGUCGCAGUUGGAAUUGGAAAAACGCAGUUUUACAAAUGAGGGAAACACACACUUCCACGACUACUAGGGUUGCUUCAAGGAAACAACCGUUACCUGCUUUACUUCUACAAAUUCAUUGGGCGAAGUCCAUUUGAAAUAUAUCACGGUCUACUUAUUAAACAUAGGCACGUUAAACGUGCAUGAGCUAUUUUGAAUGCGUCAGUGUAACUUUAAUGCUUCGGUGUAACCUUACCAAGAGUGAUGAAUCUACCUCUUUCAUCUAAAUGUUGAUUGGGUUUUUGUCCGAAAUUGCGUAUUGCAGUACAUAAAUGAAAACGCGAAACGCUCAGCAGAGUCGAUCCUAAAGCUAUAUAUUCACUUUCCUCUGUCUUUCCCUGUUACAUCUGGUGCAAGUUCAACAAAUAAAGUGAAAUAAAUUUCUACUCACCAAACGUUGAUUAGAAGGAAAACUCUAAGGUUUCCUCGGAGUUUCUUGAGCCAAAAUGUGACUCACCGAAUACUGAAUAGUUACGAAAUACCAGGAUUUUUAUUAUGGUGGUAGAUGGUUGCAUCAUCAUAAUUCACGAGGUUUUCACGUGCGAUUCUACUCAGUGAAACAGUCUUUAACUCCGACAACUUAUUUCUUCAUGUUUUAAAAGCUAUUGCUUCUCAAAAGACAAGAGCCUUUUUUAAGGCAUUGGUUACAAAACCAAACAGGUCUUCAUACGUCCAAGUUACUAUUUAUCAUUGUGAAAAGCCAAUCUGCAUGAGAUGUACAGUCACACAGCUGGCACGUGAAAGUGUUGGACUUUGCCCCCUUUCGUCGUUCGUACGUGAGGGAAUUCGAGUUAUCACACAGUAAACUAGUAAACAGAAUUAUAAAAAUAACUCACGCACACAAUUUGCACGUGAAGAUGUUGGUCUUUCGCCCUUUUACAAUUCGUACGUUAAAAAAAGGCAAAUUCUUUACUACAAAAUUUUCUCAAACGAUUUUAAGAAAUCACCUCGGCUUCAUUAUAACAUCUGCAAUUAAAUUAUGUUUCAUGCAACGUCAAGGUUGAUAACCUAACAUUUAUUAACAUUUGUGAAACAGUCUUUAACUCCGACAACUUAUUUCGUCAUGUUUUAAAAGCUAUUGCUUCUUAAAAGACAAAAGCCUUUUUUAAGGCAUUGGUUACUAAACGAAACAGGUCUUCAUACGUCCAAGUUACUAUUAUUAUUGUGAAAAGCCAAUCUGCAUGAGAUGUACAGUCACACAGCGGGCACGUGAAAGUGUUGGACUUUGCCCCCUUUCGUGGUUCGUACGUGAGGGAAUUCGAGUUAUCACACAGUAAUCUAGUAAACAGAAUUAUAAAAAUAACUCAUGCACACCAUUUGCAUGUGAAGAUGUUGGUCUGUGGCCCUUUCACAAUUCGUACGUAAAAAAGAGGCAAAUUGUUUUACUACAAAAUUUUCUCAAACGAUUUUAAGAAAUCACCUCGGCUUUAUUACAACAUCUAUAAUUAAAUUAUAUUUCAUGCAACGUCAAGGUUGAUAGCCUAACAUUUAUUAACCUACAAGAAAAUUAUCAAACUGCCAAAAUAUAUUUCUACUUAUAUCAUGUUAGUCCACUCAAUAUAACAGUAUCUAAUUAUUGUGUCAACUAGCUUCUUCCAAUUUUAUUCCCUAACGCUACUGUUUGUACUUAAGUUACGCAUCUUUACUAAAUAGAACGAAAAAGGUCGGUUGAUCUUUGUAAGCGAGAGAAUAAUAUUUUUAAAGCUUAUUUACAGGAUUAACAAUACUCGAUACAGCUUUCAAAAAAAUAAGCUGCCUUUUAAGCUUCUAAACCACGUUUUAUAGGGCGCAUACUUUCGAAUUAAAGUCUAUAUUACUUCACUGGAAGAGAUUUGAAAAUAUAUGAUCUUCUAUACUCUACCCAGUUGUAGCAGGUGAAACAGAACUCAUACUGACGUGCGUUGUACCGAUAGCCGAAUUAGGUCAGAAAUGCCUCGAAGCAGCAUCCACACUUAAACAUGAACCCUUAAACAGCUGCUUCACUGUUCACAGCGUUUGAAUCAUGAAGAUAUUUUAUGUAAUGCUUCCAAACACCUGUACCCGUAAUAAAAGACGACUAAAUUGUGAAGGAUCAAGAUGGCGGUCUCAAACUGCCCUUGUUCGACCUUUACCAAUGCCAUGUUUAAAUAGAUGCCAAGAUCUCAUUGGUUCCUAAGCAUCAACUCAUAGUACCUUCAACCUUAUUGGCUCUUGCAACAAACAUCCCAACAUACAAAGCCACAAAGAUACAUACGCUCACACCACUGACAUAUCAGCUAUUUUUUCAAAAUAGCUCAAUAAAGGUUUCAAAUUUAAGAUCAAAUAGAGUGGAACAUAUCUUUCUAACAUCGCAUAAUUUUAGGAAGAAUUAUAGCUUUGAACAUCAUGUAAAAUUUUUUAAAAUUGCCGAUCUCAGGCAAGUCCGCUCCAUUCGGUUUUAUUCAGUCUUGAAUUUUUUGUUCAGUCUUGAUUCAAUCGGUCCCAGUAAUUUCACUAAGAGACCCGAAUUCAUACUUGGCUGCGAGGCUUAGGGGUGCACCCCCCGUCCUGAGAUGACCUGCGGUUUUCUAAUACAACUGGUAUUCUGCAAAAAAAACUAUGUGGUUUAUUGGUGUUGAAGUAGAGCAAGAGACGAGUGCACCCCCUCCUAGAAAAAAUCCUGGAUCCACCCUGAAUAAAACAAAAGAAAUCCUCUUGAGGCUCAGCAAUGAAUAAUAGCGGGGCUCCCUCGCCCGCGAAGCGCGCGUGGGACAGAGCCCCAUACUCAUAGAAUAUGGUCAACCUCUUUUCAUUUGGUUGUCACGUGACUGACCGAGCGUACGUACGUACGUACGCGUCUACAGAUUGUACGGGUAGGGUAGGGGAGACUAUCAAAAGGAAGGGAGGGGAAGGCAGUGGCUUUUGACUUUGCUGACCAUGGUCACGCGUUGGUCACGCUCUACGUCCAAUUUUUACGCUCUGAUUGGUCAAAAUUUGACAGGUGAGCUCAUGCGGAAAAUUUAUGCAGCAUCUUGAAUCUUGUUUACUUUGACAGCUGAAGCUGACAGAGUUUUGUGUCAACUUGUGAUGUUUUUAACUGUCUUUUUCCACUGGAUGCACAAAAUGAAAUUCAGCUGCUAUCAGGAAUCUUCUGUUAUUCAUGGCUAGUUGGUUUUUGGUUGAGAAAAUAAUGCAUUACUUGUCAAAGUCGGAAAUCCGAUUUCGGAUGGCAUCGAUAGGCCACUUGCACUAAGAGGUCACGUGACCAAUGCUUCCUUUAAACAAUGAGUUGGAAUCUUGCUGAUGCAAAAAAUUGACAGAGCACAUAAAAAUUAUCUUACACCCGAAAUUUGAGGGGAAACGCAUUUAAGGGAGGUAUUUUAUGGCACUUUGAUUUUUUAACAGAGUAGUAUGAUUUGUAUUGCCGCCAUGUUGGAGGGCAUACUCUUGCCCUCCAAGAUGGCGGCCAAAACUACUUUUUGCUUAUAUCUUGUUAAACGUUUGAUAGUUACGCUCAGAUGUGCUGUAAACAUUACCACAUCAUAUUUUCAACAUUUUCCUUGAAGUUUAAGUGCAAAAUUUGUGUUCAGAAAGAGGUAAUUCAUAAUUUUAAAAAUCAUAUUUUGGUCACGUGACCAGCUACGAAAUUACUCAUUUUAAGAAAAUGGUGCGGGUUUAAAAAACCAAAUCACGAUCAUUUUGUUUAAGAUAUGACCCACUAAUCGUUUUUCGAAUGCAAAAUCCUAUAACUUUCAUUUUCAUAAAAACGAUGUCACAUGACCUCUUAGUGCAAAUGGCCUAUUUCGCUUUUCACCUUGCUUGAUGCGUAAGGGUUGAAAAGUCUGAAGCGAUACUGGCCUUCCUUGAUACCUUUCAGGAGCUGCAUGUCGAAUGGUAAGCCUCAGUAAUUAUUGUGUUUGACGUUUGUUUUUUAUAUCUAAUUUAAUGAAGUCGAGCGCAGUUUAUGCGGCUAUGUAGUUUGUGCACGUUUGUAAGAUUUGAGACAAUUUGAUAUGACCAAGAAUCAGGUUUGAUAUAAGCUUACAGAACUUUAAAAAGCCUUUAGACAUUUUCUCACCGCAAAUAGAAAGAAAACGUUCCAAAAAACAUUUAGUUAUAAUUCUAGCUGUAAAAGAAAGCUUUGAGCGAUUUUCUUGCGUCGAGUUCAUCUUUGAAAAAAGUAAAUAUCGGGAAGCCGGCUUAAAACAUAAACUUAAGCUUUCAGGUUAAGCUUGAAGACUCAGGAUUUUUAGAGACACUUUAACACUUGUCUUCGUCAAUGAAAAAUGUUGUCUCUGUACAUGUUUCACCGAAUUAUAUUUCUUUUAUUGAUUGUUGGUAGUCUCUCUUGUAAUAUUAAUCGCCGUGCCGUUUGUUUUCAGUUGUUCAGUGAACAUCGCUUGCAGGAGUACUCACAGUGCCGAGGGUAUCAAACCGGCGCUUUUAAAGAUUUCACAUCGAUAAAACCAUUUAAUAAAACUGAAUAAACAUAAUAAUUUCUUUAUUAUGUUGUAGCUUAACUCUAGUAUGUUCGUUCAAACACUCGCUACAGUUCGCACUGCAAAAGUGAGAACUGGCUGGCCGUAUAUGAUUUUGGAAAUUUUGUUAACGGUUUAAAAAGCCCACGCGUGCUUCGAUCGUCCUGAAUAUUGAAUGAGUGCAAUUUGUGUUGCAAAAUUGUGAAAUACUGCAUUCUGUCCGAGCUCUGUAUGAUAAAAACAGUACCUCCUAGUACUGUUUCACCUCAGAUGUGAUGUAUAAAUGGUAUAAAAGGUUGGUUUACAAGCACCCGGAUUUGUUGGCAAGAGUUUGUAAAGUAAACUUGUCGAACGCAAAAAAUUCGGCCUGAUUUUUUUUCCGGGCCUAAUUAAUCUUACGGUGAUCAAGAGCCAUUAUGGCUAAAUGUGAUCGAAGAUGAUUGCUAUUUUUUGGGUGUACAUAUGAGGCUAUCAACUUGAUGUAAGAUUUUGUUCACUCUUAGGCUGUUUGCAAAUUAUUUUUCUCUAAAAUCACUCAGCCUUUCCCUCAAAAGUCACAUGAAUGUGCUACGUGCUCUAAAGUUAACUGAAUUGUGGAAUACAAGUUUAUAGUUUGAUUUAAAUUAUAAAUAUAUUAAUGGAAGCCUCGCUUUUAGCCCUGGCUAAAUCUAUAUAUUACAUUCUUUUGUUUUAUUCCCCCAUGGAACCAAGUAUGAAUUUUAUUAUAACGAAAUUGUUCUAUUUAAUGUCCAUCUUUGUCAAUCAUCAAAUUAUAACCUAAUAUAACGCUUCUUUGCCAGUGCCUUAUUCUAUCUUCUCACAAACUUAACCCUCGGACGUGCACGCAAAGUCAUACCCCUCACCGUAGUACAAGGGAUGGCCCUCGAAAGUCGUACUUGGCAUACGAAGGAAGUUUCCUUGUUAUUCACAAGAAAAAGAGAAAAACUUUAAUCGUCAGAUCCGUUCUUUAUCUGCAAAUAAUCUUUAACUCUUCAGUUCUUCAGAUAACAACUUAGCCUGCCUUACACGAUACGGAUGAGCGAAGGAUUACAUGGAUUGUAAACCUAAAUCACACAUGUGAUAAACAAGAACAUGGCGGCAACUAGCACGAGUCCUAAGCAAAAAUGGUAACAACCGCUGACCAUAAAUACUGAAAACUCCUUACUACAGCACUGCUGUAGUAACAAUACAGCAAGGCCGAAGUGUUUCCCAAGUUUCGUUACUCUCUUUCUCUGUUUCUUGGGAAAAAUAGGAGGACAAGAAAGAGUCAUAGCUAGACGAGGAAUCUAGAAAGUGUGAUGUUGAAACAUGUUAUGAAAAAAUAGCUAAUCAGAAAAUGAACGGAGGAAUAAUUUUUAUGAACUUCAAUCACUGUAUUCCAUUUUUCAGGCUUGAAGACUUUGCCGAAGGAGCUGCCAAGGUUGAUGUAACUGAGUGUACUCAAGAUUGGAAACGGUAUGAAGACCCAGAUAAUGCUAACAUUGAAUAUUGGGAUUUACCAGGAAUGGGGACCGAAGACUUCCCUGCAAAGACAUACUUUCAAGAUGUAAAGUUGAAUGAAUACGACACAUUCGUAAUCCUCACAGAUACCCGCUUUACGAAGGACGACCUCGAAUUGGCCAAUAAAAUUACAUUACAGGGUAAGAAGUAUUUCUUUGUUCGCUCAAAAAUUGAUCAAGAUGUUAGAAAUGCCAAACGGUCAAGUCGGCCCGAAUCAUUUAAUGAGGGUGAUGUGCUGGCAAAAAUUCGAAGUAAGUGUGUGGCAAAACUGGGUGACCUGCUGAGCAAUAAGGAAAAGAUAUUCCUGAUAAGCUGCCAUGGUUUUGAGAAGCGUCGUGAAACUGGUGAGAAGUGUGGUGAAAAGUAUCGUGAAAAGUAUCAGUUGGAACCUCUCAUAAAAGCCAACCGAGAUGCGUUGCAUCAAAAUCAGCAAGAUGCUAUGAUCCGUUUGCUGGAAGAGGCGUCGAUGGCGGCUCUAGAGGAAAACGUUAAGGUUCUGGGAGGAGAUAUAUGGAAGAGUAGUGCAUUGUCUGGUGUUGCCGCAGUGAUUCCUGUAGUAUCCAUUGGUGUUGACAUCUGGCUGAUUAAGAGAGAAUUAAAUCGUUACAAAACCGCGCUUGGUAUUCCUGAAGAAGAAUCGGAUGAAUUUAAGAAGCUAGACCCCACCUCCAAAGCUAAAGUUAGCGUAACAUUAAAACUUCUGACCGAAUUUACUGCCAAAAGCGCCGGUGCCCUAGCAGUUGCUUAUACCGUAGAAACACGAAUUGAAGAGGCGUUUGCUUUUCUUCCAGCCGGGCUGAUUAUUGCUUGUCCACUGUCAGGUAUUACCACAUAUAAAGUUCUCGACUACAUUUUGAAAACAAUGGCGGAUACAGCAUUUGCAAUCCUAGCCGGAGUAAUCAAAUCGAAAAAAAAAUAG